UUGUGGGAAACUUCGAGCUCAGCAUGUUGGACGUGUAGGCUACAGCAGCGCUUGACAGCAGCGCUUGUAUCGUAGCCACGACUUUGACUAAACUUUAGACGAUUUAAUAGUUGGCUAGCUAUCUUAGCAGCCAAAGCCGUUGCUCUUGACAGCAAGAAAAUACGACGACUUUUAUGCUUUACAGAAGCAGAAGCAGAAAUAUCUUCGCAGAUAGUUAAGGUUACCUCGCUAGGUUUCUGAAGAGGGGGGAAAAUGACUUCGGUUUCAAGAAUCCGCUCUGCAUUCUGCCGCUAGUCUUGCAAUUUACAUGAUUUUCCUGUUAGUCUAGAAUUCAGACAGAAUCCCAAAAUUAGGUCUGUAACUAUUUCGUUUACUAGCUAGCUAGUCAACCGGUUAAAGAUUGACUUGUACAUGUGUAGAUGCAACGUGUUUCCCGGGGCUGUUAGCCUGGUGGGAAACUACACAAGAGCAGCGUUAGCUACCUCAUCGGAGAUCUUCACACUUUUUGAUUUGUUAUACCGAGAAUGCGUUAGGAUAACUGCACAAGUUGACACUAACACUGCUCGACUACCAGCGCAUUACGAUCGCCAACUAUCUAAUAGCAGCUAACGUUACUGGUGCUGGUUUUCCAAGCUUUUCCUUUUAGUUUUACAUGUUUAUUUCCGUGGGAAAGGGGAGUAGCAGACGUCUAAUGGGAGACUUUCAGGAACUGGGAAAACGAGGACACUUCGAGAAGUUACAGCAGCCGAGUCGGGGUUUGCCGUUGAGGCUCACGUUUCUUCGCCGCCGACACUAACCGGAGCAAACGCCGAAAGCCCACCGCUGCGUUCUCGUGGAGUAUUUGUGGAUUAAAAACGUUAGCUGGUUUUGUGGAGCCCCGCCACGAUGGCAGGCGGUGGCGUAUCCCCGUUGGGAGCGGCCCCUCCGUUGUGGUAUCACCGGGAUUUGAGCCGUGCCGCUGCCGAGGAGCUGCUGGCCCGCGCCGGACGGGAUGGAAGUUUUCUUGUUCGGGACAGCGAGAGUGUAAAUGGGGCAUAUGCGCUUUGUGUGCUGUUUCAGAAACAUGUUCAUACUUACAGGAUUUUACCAGAUGAAGAAAAUUUCCUUGCCGUACAGACAUCCCAGGGGGUUCAGCCCAAGAGGUUUAAGACUCUCCCGGAGCUCAUCCAGCUGUACCUGCAGCCCAGUCAGGGACUUGUCACCACCCUGCUGUUGCCUGUGGAGAGAGAGGAGAGUGCAGAGGAGAGAGACUACUCAGACGGAGAGGACGAUAAACCCCCCCUCCCUCCUCGUUCUGGGUCCUGUGGCUCCUCCCUUCUCAGUACAGAGGCACCCUCUGAAAGUGCUCCAGUAGGUAAUGGGUUGAGCACCAUCUCACAUGAGUAUCUGAAGGGCAGCUAUGCGUUGGACCUGGAGGCCGUGAAACAGGGUGCCAGCAGCCUCCCACAUCUCAACAAAACACUGGUGUCGUCCUGCAAGCGCUUGCAUGGAGAGGUGGAUAAGGUGCUGUCUGGCCUGGAGAUUUUGUCUAAAGUCUUCGAUCAACAGAGUGCCUCCAUGCUCUCCAGGAUGAUUCAGCAGUCUGUGAGUCAGGGUGGAGAUCAGGAGCUGGAGCAUCUGGUUACUAAACUGUCCAUCCUUAAAGACCUGCUGAGCUCCAUAGAGAGAAAAGCUCUGAAGGCUCUGCAGGAUAUGAGUGUGGCUGUUCCCUCUAUCCCCUCUCAGCUGUCGCCCCGGCACAGCAAAGCCAUUCCUGUCCAGGCCUUUGAGGUAAAACUAGACGUGUACCUGGCUGAUCUGACUAAGAUAGGGAAGAGCCAGAAGCACACCCUCAGCGUGGACGUGGAGGGCGGCAAACUAGUGGUGAUGAAGAAGAUGAAGGACUCUCAGGAAGACUGGGCCACCUUCACCCAUGACAAGAUCCGGCAGCUGAUAAAGUCCCAGCGGAUGCCCAGUAAACUGGGCAUCGUGUUCGAGAAAGAGAAAGACAGGAGUCAGAGGAAAGACUUCAUUUUUGCCAGUGCUAAAAAACGAGAGGCAUUCUGCCAGCUCCUGCAGCUGAUGAAGAACAAACAUUCCAACCAGGAUGAGCCUGACAUGAUUUCCGUGUUUAUCGGGACAUGGAACAUGGGUAGCGUUCCUUCCCCUAAGGCCAUAGGCUCAUGGCUUCUGUCGCGAGGUUUGGGGAAAACUCUGGAUGAGAUGACUGUCACGAUUCCUCAUGACAUCUACGUGUUUGGCACCCAGGAGAACUCCGUCUGCGACAAGGAGUGGGUGGAGAACCUCCGGGCUGCACUCCGAGACUACACUGAGCUCGACUACAAACCGGUUGCAGUGCAGACUCUGUGGAACAUAAAGAUUGUAGUUCUCGUGAAACCAGAGCAUGAGAAUCGGAUCAGCCACGUGGGAAUGUCCAGUGUCAAAACGGGGAUUGCCAACACCCUGGGCAACAAGGGGGCAGUGGGCGUGUCCUUCAUGUUUAAUGGGACCUCGUUCGGCUUCGUUAACUGCCACCUGACAUCUGGCAAUGAGAAGAUCCAUAGGCGUAACCAGAACUACCUGGAUAUCCUGCGGCAGCUUUCACUGGGGGACAAACAGCUGAGCUCGUUCGACAUCUCACUGCGCUUCACACACUUGUUCUGGUUCGGAGACCUCAACUAUAGGCUAGACAUGGACAUCCAGGAAAUCCUAAACUACAUAAACAGGAAGGAGUUUGAGCCGCUGCUGAAAGUGGACCAGCUAAAUCUGGAGAGAGAGAAGAACAAGGUCUUCCUUCGCUUCGCGGAGGAGGAGAUGACUUACCCGCCCACGUACCGGUACGAGAGAGGGUCCCGGGACACAUAUGUCUGGCAGAAGCAGAAGGCAACAGGGAUGCGGACGAAUGUUCCAUCGUGGUGUGACCGGAUCCUGUGGAAAUCUUACCCAGAAACACACAUUGUCUGUAACUCCUAUGGUUGCACAGAUGACGUUGUCACCAGUGACCACUCCCCUGUGUUUGCUACGUUUGAGGUUGGCGUGACUUCACAGUUUGUCUCUAAAAAAGGUUUGCCCAAGACAUCAGAGCAGGCGUAUAUAGAGUUUGAAAGUAUUGAAGCCAUAGUUAAGACUGCCAGCAGGACGAAGUUCUUCAUAGAGUUCUACUCCACCUGUCUGGAGGAGUUUAAGAAGAGCUAUGAGAACGACUCUCAGAGCAGUGAUAACAUUAACUUCCUCCGUGUGGGUUGGUCGUCUAAGCAGCUCACCACCCUGAAGCCCAUUCUGUCAGAUAUAGAGUACCUGCAGGACCAACACCUGCUGCUCACUGUCAAGUCUCUUGAUGGAUACGAGUCCUACGGCGAGUGUGUGUUGGCACUGAAGUCUAUGAUCGGAAGCACAGCACAGCAGUUCCACACAUACCUGUCUCACCGUGGAGAGGAGACAGGGAACAUCCGAGGCUCCAUGAGGGUCCGAGUGCCGUCUGAAAGAAUGGGCACCAGAGAGCGGCUCUACGAGUGGAUCAGUGUGGAUAAGGAUGAGACCGGAGUGCCCAAAGGGAAGACAAUGCCCCCUAGAGGUGGUCAUGAUUACGUGAAGCCCUCUCUGAACAGGAAGGAACUGAGCAAGGUUUCAGAAGAGCCAGAGCGCAACGCUGCAGGCCGAGCUUCAUUCACACAUGGCUCCGCUAAAGAGGACAGCAUGCAAGCUAGGUCAAAGCAGGACACCAACGACCCAGAUGCCACCACUUCCAAGAACAGCUUCAACAACCCCGCCUACUACAUCCUGGAGGGAGUUCCCAAUCAAUCGGCUGCCCUGGCUGCAGACCUGCUCCCAGGCUCUGCCCUCUCUUCCGUAGCAGGUAAACCGGCACCCCCUGUGGGCGGGGUGGGGAAAGGCAAGCCCCCGAGCGGGAGCUCCAUCCAGGCACGCAGGCAGACAGGCGGACGCCCCGUGCGCCCCAUCAGCGAGGAGGGAUCCUCAGAGGAUGAUGGGAACCCUGGGGGGCAUGGCAGCAGCAGCACUCUCAACCGCCCACCCCCCGACUUCCCACCCCCUCCACUCCCCAAAGGUGCUCUUGAGAUGUCGGAAGCCUCGUUUUUCCCACCCGGAAAAGAGAGCAGAUCUCGGCUGCAUCCAGACUUGGCAGAUAUCAAAAUCCCACCUCUGUCAGCCGUCACCUCGAAACCGCUCUCCUCCCCCAGCUUUGCCCAGCCCCAGGGGGGAGGCGGAGCUUUCUGCCUGGAGGCUCCCCCACCCAUGUUGAACCCAGGCCCCUCCCCUUUCCGAAGAGGCGGAGCCUCAGGAGUGGACGACCAGUCAUGUUCAGUGCUUCAUCUAGCGAAGAAGUUAAGCGAGACGGAGUACACGGGCGCUCAGGAGUAUGGGCCUGGUGGAGUGCUGUCGAAAGGGGCCGCCACAUCCCACCUACGAGGCCUCGGCCUGGCGGACGCCUGCCGCACCUACCCCCCUCGAUCCAUCAAGGAGAGCAUCGCUGAAGACCUGCCGGCGGAGGUGAGAAGGAGGAGCAGAACCCCUGCUCGAAACUCAGCACCACACUCUUCCGUGCAGGAAGUUGGACUCCGUCCAACCGUUGGUCGCCGCCAGUUUUCACUUCUUCUGUUCCUGCCUUUUUUUUGGUGUGUAAUGACACGCGUCGUCCAGCAGGGUGCGUGGCAGGGGGGCAGUAGCAGCAGCAGCCUUUCGGUGGAGACCAGCGUGGGCGACUGGCUACAGAGGCUGGGGCUCGAGCGGUACGAGGCGGGGCUUCUGCGCAACGGCUGGGACGACCUGGAGUUCCUCAGUGACAUCACGGAGGAGGACCUGGAGGAAGCCGGAGUCUCGGACCCCGCCCACAAGAAGAUCCUGCUGGCCUGCCUCAGACAGCAGCAGCAAAAAUGAAUUGAGCCAAGCCGGACCAACUCGCUCCUAACCGGUCAAACUGUGCCUGCUAACAAUACUUGCACUGCGAAGUUGAGCAAUUGUUUUGACGGUCGUUGUAAGUAAUGCGUGUUGUUUUUGGGGUUUUUUUUUUUUUUUGGCCUUUUGUCGUAGUCAUGAUGAUGUUAUUUAAACUAGCCAAUAUUUCAAAGAUGCUCCGUCACUACAAGCACGUCCUUCUCUUGAGAAAUGUUUCGCUUCCUGAAGAGAGGACAUGACAUCAGUGCCAGAGAGUUGUGCGUGGGGUGGGGGGGGUGGCUUUAUUCACAUUCCUUGCCUUUUCUCUGGCAGGUGAUUUUGCUUUCGUUUAAUUUAUCGUUAGUUUUGUGUUAAUUAUUGGUAACAUGCAUGUUUUAAUUUUUUUAAGAAAAGGGGGAUUGAAAUAAGCCAGUAUCAGCACUGACUGAUUUAUUCUGAGAAAGCCAUUAGUUGUGUCCAAGUUCAGUCUCGUGUGUGCGUGGGGGGGAACACGAAGAACACAAAGGAGCACUCAUUUCUUUAGAUCCAUAACUUGUCCAGUGGUUGUAGACACCUUGGUGUCUUUUGUGGAACUGUCCAGUAAACAAGAGAUCUGUGCUCACUGCUAGACAUCCUGUAACCCACUACAGUCAAAACAGCAGGUACCCUGCACAAUUUGAUGCCAGAGCAUGUCACUGUGCUACAAGCAGCCACGGGUGUGCUGAACCUGUUUGGUUGUUGGGAAGUCUCUAGAAGGUUCUCCCCGUCAUGGUUUAUUUGGCUUGUGAGCCCUUUUGCUGGAUGUUAUGAAGCCAGUUUCCAAUACUACAGUUGUCCAUGUGACUGGCGAGUCGUUAUUGUUUGUGUGCCUGCCGCUUAAAUUCUGUUUCACUAAGUACAAAUCGUGUAUGCUCUUCAAUCCAAGCCAUGCCUUUCUCUAAACCUGCAAGCCACGAAACGGGUGAUUCGCAGAUUUUUGACUUCACUUUGCAGGCCUUAUCCUGGAAGUGGCCACCAGGGGGCGAUGUUUUGUUUUGUUUGUUUGUUUUUUUUGUUUUUUGUUUUUUUUUUUAAAGAUCACUAUCAAGAGACGCGGUCAGAAUAUCCCAUCUAAAUUUAUUAGGAUUGUGUCACUGUAGUGGAUAUUUAGGUUUAGGAAGUGAAAUUUGAUUCUAGAUUUGCCAACAAACUAUCCAUCCCAGCUGGUUACAGACCUGAUGCACCAGCCGUGUAAACUGAAACUGGCACAGUCUGGCAGUGCUAACGCUGAAAAAUGGAGCGGAAUGAAAGGUGUGUGUGUCUGUGUGUGUCUGUGUGUGUGUCUGUGUGUGUGUCUGUGUGUGUCUGUGUGUGUCUGUGUGUGUGUGUGAGAGAGAGCGACACAUCUAGUUAAUUGUUUGAAUGGUUUGGAGAAGAAAUUUGUAGCAUUUAUAUUAUUUGAGAGUUUGUGUAAUCUAUUCUUAUGGGAACUGUUAAAAUGCCUUUUAUUGCAAGAAGUCGCGUUUGCCUCGUUCAUUUCUGGCACGUCUCAAGUGUUAUAAUGGAAACACGGCCAAGUACCUUCUUUUUUUAUUUGAAAAGUCCCAUUUGUUAUUCCAAUUUGUACUGUCAAGCAAUGGCGCUGGAGAAGACCACAUAGAACAAGAGACCUCUGUAGCCUGUAUCACUAUUGAACUGCUCUUACGCCUAGAUCUCCAUGUAUGUAAAUGCUCGUGUUUGUCAGAUUUUAACCUCAAAUCUUUUCGUGCGUGAUAAUCCGUGUCAUCUGACUAUUACUUCCGGUAACCACGUUUUAUGGAUUUAAGUUAAAAUUUGUUAAUGACCGUUAAGUGAACGUUCAUUUUGUUGUAUUUUUCAAAUGAAUAAAAACUAACUGCCGAUUUC